GACUUGUUGCAGGUGAGUUUGACUAAAGAGGAAACCGAUUCGUUGCAGGUGAGUUUGACUAAAGAGGAAACCGAUUCGUUGCAGGUGAGUUUGACUAAAGAGGAAACCGAUUCGUUGCAGGUGAGUUUGACUAAAGAGGAAACCGAUUCGUUACAGGUGAGUUUGACUAAAGAGGAAACCGAUUCGUUGCAGAUGAGUUUGACUAAAGAGAAAACCGAUUCGUUGCAGGUGAGUUUAACUCAAGAGGAAACCGACUCGUUGCAGGUGUGUUUGACUAAAGAGGAAGUUGACUCAUUGCAGAUGAGUUUGACAAGAAAGGAAACCAACGCAAAUGCAUUUGAAUUUGAGGACACCAACUCAUUGAAAAAGAGUUUGACUAAAGAAGACACCGACUCAUUGCAGAAGCGUUUUACUGAAGAAGAAAGUGAUUCAUUGCAGAUGAGUUGACUGAAGAAAAAAUUGACUCAUUCUAGAUGAGUUUGACUAAAAAGGAAACUGACUCAUUGCAGAAGCGUUUACCCAAGUGGACACCGACUCAUUGC